AAAGAACGAAUUAUCAGAUGCUGGCUUCUGCUUUUUUUCCAGUAAAUCCCAGGGAGUUCACACCCAGUGGUUUGAUUCACCCUAUGAUGGAGUCAGGUCCCAGAGGUCAGAUCAAGUCAUUUCAGUGCAGGACAUUCGGCAUCUCUGUUGCCCCUGGCAGCCACCACUGGCAGAAAUGCCAUGACUAUAACCAAAGCCAAGCAGCUCACACUGAGGGUGCAGGGGAGGUUGUUCUCACAGUUGCUGCGGAGCAAAUGUGCCAGGGCCACGCCAUUUCGAGCCAUGCUACAGCAAGUGCGGUGGCCAAGACAGGUCUCCCCAGGUCUUCAUCCCUUCAGCUGAAGGCAGGACACUGCCAGGGCCAACAGGAGCCUCAGCCUCCAGAGAGACUGGGCCAGGGGCAGAGGAGGAGGAGGAGGAAAGCAUCUUUGCAGGUGACAAGGCCACGUGCAUGCCAGAGCCUUGGAGCCCCGGCUGCCCUACAAAGGCCUGGCCCAGCCUUCCCUUCAGAAGUACCCAGGACACAUGACAUGGCAAUGGCAGCAUCUCCCCAGGCACGUUCCCCAGCCCCCACCCACGGGACCAGGUUGAAAACUCUAGACUUGAAAGCUGUCCAAGACGACAAAAGAUCUGUAUGACUAACUGGAGAGUCUCAUCUUGCAAUAAUGUGCCUUUUGUUGCUGAAGUCUUUCCAACCACAGUAAGUACUUGAAGCUUUAACCUAGUUAGGGUUAAUUUGAUCAGGGAAGCACAGUGAAGACCUGUGCCUCCGCACAGACAGGAGCCAAAAGGGAGCUCCAUGACUUCAUCGCUGAAUGUGAUGAUAGCUAAUUCAGAGGUCAUUCCUGCCUUGGAUCAACUAAAUGUCUCUUUCAGCUGGGGAUUUUAUUCGGCUCCUUUUUCAUAACUGUUGAACCACUUAGUUAGCUUUGUUUUAGUGGUCUCAAGGCAGUUUGGAAACUGUAAUAAAAUUUUUUUUUGAGGGGUUCUGCCU